AUGUAGAAGAUGUGACGCCGCGCGGCUCGGCCGGUGCCAGACCAGCGGACUCAGAGCCGCAGUUGCAAGCCGAUCCCGGGCGCUGCAGUUUGGGGAGGCGGCCCUGCCGAGAGUGGCAGCCGCCGAGAAACCCAGCCCUAACCCGCAGCUCCAGGGCCGGCAGAGAGCGAAGCGGCCAAACAGCACGAGGCUGGGGGCCCGCGGGCGCGGCCGCGUGCCGCGGGGCGGGAGGCUGGGGGGCCGGGGCCGGGGCCGCGCUCCGGAGCGCGUCGGAGGCCGGGGCCGGGGGUCGGUGGCGGCGGCGGCUCCCCGCGCGGCUCCAGGGGCUCGGGGACCCCGGCAGAGCCCUGGUGGGGCCAUGGCAGCCGGGAGCAUCACCACGCUGCCCGCCCUGCCGGAGGACGGCGGCAGCGGCGCCUUCCCGCCCGGCCACUUCAAGGAUCCUAAGCGGCUGUACUGCAAAAACGGAGGCUUCUUUCUGCGCAUCCACCCCGACGGCCGAGUGGAUGGGGUCCGGGAGAAGAGCGACCCUCACAUCAAACUACAACUUCAAGCAGAAGAGAGAGGGGUUGUGUCUAUCAAAGGAGUGUGUGCAAACCGUUAUCUUGCUAUGAAGGAAGAUGGAAGAUUACUGGCUUCUAAAUGUGUUACAGACGAGUGUUUCUUUUUUGAACGACUGGAAUCUAAUAACUACAAUACUUACCGGUCGAGGAAAUACUCCAGUUGGUAUGUGGCACUGAAACGAACGGGGCAGUAUAAACUUGGACCCAAAACAGGACCUGGGCAGAAAGCUAUACUUUUUCUUCCAAUGUCUGCUAAGAGCUGAUCUUAACGGCAGCAUCUGAUCUCAUGUCACAUGAAAGAAGAGGUUUAUUUUAGAAACUUGUUAAUGAAAGAAAAAUAUAUACAGCUAUCUGCUCAGUUUGGUAACUGGUCAGAUAAUCUUUUAUCUAAUAAUAAAAUAUUUAACCAUUGCCUUAGUAAAUAACAAACAAAAAUUCCUGGAAAAUGUAUAUACUUCUGCUUUUUAUAUAGCAUUUACCAUUAUCCAGUAAAGCUUACUUAGAGCUAUAAUCUUUUCCAUACAUUUGAAGAGAGGCUUUUAAAAUGUGCACACUUACAAACAAGUUUUCUUCAUGAAAAUCACAGGCAUUAGAAAAUUAACAUCAGACAUACAGUUAACCCAAAUGUCUACUACUUAUUAUGGCAAACAUUAAUCUACGUGUACAAUGUACUAACAUUUUUUUAGACAUGUAAGUAUGAAUUUAAUCCAUUCCUGUCACAGUUUUGUAAUUGUCUGGCAGUUCCUUGUGAUAGAGUUUAUAGGACAAGCCUGUGUAAACUGCUGGAAGUUCUUCCAUGGUCAGAUCAAUCUUGUCAAACCCUUCCCUGUACCCAUAGAGCAGCAGCCGAGCAACCCUGCUAGUGAUGGGAGUCGUAUUUUCACUCUUGACCAGGUCACUGAGAUCCAUCCACUCACACCUUAAACAUUCAUGCUGGCAAAAAUUUAUGGUGAAUGAACGUGGCUUUAAGCGGCAUAUAAUAUACAUAUCUGACUUCCCAAAAGCUCCAGGAUUGGUGUGCUGUUGCCGAAUACUCAGGAGGGACAUGAAUUCUGACUUUAUACCAGUCUCUUCAAAAACUUCUCGAACUGCUGUAUCUCCUACAUUAAAAAAAUUAUACAGACGCUAAUCAAUAAGAUCAUCUUUUUGAAAUUUAAUUGAAGAUUUUCAGAUGAAGUAGCAUUAUCUAAAGGUUCAAAAGCAGAACUCUACCCUAAGAAAUGAAGUUUUCAAUGUAAAUUCGUUGCCUUCUGGAUAUCCUGAAAUAUCAAAGUAUUUUCUUACCACCAUAUAUCUAAGGCUGCUCUUUGUGUAGGCUUACCCAUCUGUUUAUUUUGGGAGUCACAUAUUUUUAAACUCUUCCUGCUGUAUAUCCCAAAAGGUGAAAACAUACGUUGUAAUGUUGUAGUUAAUAUUCCUACAUAUUUUUUCAUAAUUAUCCUGUUUCUGAUCAUCAAACCUGCCUAAAUUUAUACACAUUAGUAUUGAGGAAAAAGUGAUACAUUUGUCUUUAUAAAGUGUGUAGAGCUAGAGACUCUACUGAACUAUGAAAAGAUGCAAAUUUCCCCUGGUUUCUCCUGGGACUGUCAAGCCUCUGAAGUCAGAACAGAUUUCUUCUGAGUCAUUUUGUUAUGCUCUUCUAGUUAUCCUGUUAAUGGAACCCUAGCAUGGUAAUUUUUGGCAUUUUCUUUUGUUUCUUGCAAUUUCAAAGAACUUGGAUUCAUUUCCCCAGCACCAAUACGCUGUAAUCAUCUCAUACGAAGUUUUCAAAAAGCUUGUUGGAAUUUGCAGAAUUUUAUAAUACGACCAGGGUUUUCACAUUUUACAAGGGUGAUUUUUUAUUAAUAUGUAAACUUCUGGGACAGGAUUUUUAUUGCCAUUAACUUAUUUUUGUGGCUGCUUUUUCUAAAUAUCCAGAUGAGCCUCCUAGGUGAGAUUUCCCUAAUUUUGUGUUGCUCUGUCAUUGUCUCCCAAAGUGUUUAUGAGAAGCCCUUUAAAAAGCCGCCUUCCUUGCCUAUUUACAGAGAAGUUUCACAACUGCCACAGGUAUAGAUUUCUGUUCAACUACCCUUAAAUGCCUCCACUUAUUUGUCUGUCAAAUUGUAGAUUAUAUUUGCCUUCUCAGUAGCCCUCCUUGUGAGGUACAGGCAAGGAAAAUAAAGUGAAGGAAAAAGUCUCAAUGUUUUUCUCAUACAGAGUUCUGGAAAUGUGCACAGGAAGAGAGGAAAGUGUUAAAAUGUAAGACAUUUGUUUGCCAUUUUUGAAUUACAUGCUGACUUUCCUUGCCAUAGAGUAAACAUGGUUAGAAAUUAUAUUUUUUAAACCAAAAAGAUGAAAAAAGAAUUUAUGUGUUAAGGAAAACUUGCCUUAAUAAGAAAAAUAACAUGGUUGUUGUUAAACUUGUUAAAGUGGCACUAGUCAUAAAUUUUACAUGUUAUUUGUUGAUCGGACUUAAAAAUUGUUUAAAUGUUAAUUUUUAUUUUGAAACACUUUGAAAAAUGACCAUGGGGUCUUGUUUAGCUUUUAGUGACACUAACCAAGAAUUUGGCAUUUAGUUUACCUGAGUCUUGUUUGUAUUUUAUGGAUGCACAGACCCGGCUAGUGAGCUAAUCUGUCCUGCUCAUUAGUCACCACAGUAGUUGAUUCAAAAUAAGUGUUACAUGAGUAGUUUGAUCAGUUUAAUUUGAAUCAUGACAUCGUUGACUUGACUAAAAAUUGAAUGGGCAAAUAAGUGCUUUUAUAUCUAAAGGAACCCCUUCUAUCUCAAGAUUGAAAUCUCUUGCCCAAGGAUUUUACUAUGAAUUUAAAAUUUUUAUCUAAAGUGCUUUUUUCUUGUACCUUUCCUAUUUUAAUGUACUGUAAGCUAAACUGAAAUAACAUUUACUGUUUUAUAGGUUUGAAGAAUAUAGGAAAAACCAAGAGGGUUUUGUUUUUAUUUUUGCUGGUUGAAAGAUAAUGUUUAAAUAAGUCAAUGAAAUGGAGUUUAUAUUUGUUAAUUCUAUUUUGUAAUAUUUAAUAAUAGGAUUAGGUUGAAAUAAAAUAAAAUAAUAGGAAAAACUGCAGAAUGUGGGUUUUCCUGGUGUUCCCCUCUGACUUGGAUAUACUGAUGAACUUUGGUCAGACCCCAACUGCUUUACAGUCCUUUAAAACUAUGCAGGGAGAUUCUCUUCUAGUCAGUGGAAAUGAGAUUUUUUUUGAGGAAGGCCGCUCCUGCAUUUUUAACCUUGUAGAUACCUUUGUAUAGGGUAUUAUAUUAGAGCUUGAGGAUUGCAUUAUAUUUUGUAUAUGCCCCCUUAAUGUUUUUUAAAACAUUAUGGACAAUAAUGCUUCAUUUACCUAGUAUUAUCAAAGAAUGAGGAAUUCCAAACAAAUGUGCUUCUCAGUCAACUAGUGUUUACUACUUAAGAGCCAAUAUGAAUGUUUGCACACACUUCCCUAAAAACAGCCUAAAGAAAAUAAUUUAAAUAAUUCUUGGAUGAUUAGGCUUCAUCAUUAAGAAUAAUCUGUUAUUGUACUGUGUUACAAAACAGAAAUGCCCUUGUAUAGACAGUCUUUCAGAUUUCUACUGUCAGUUAUCAUUUCUAGCUGCUUUUAGGGUUUUAUCAUUUCUAAAGCAAAGCUCCAAUUUUUAUUACUCUUAGGCAGUAUAGAUAAUGCCAGUUGCUGUUUUUUUCUUAAUUCCACAUAGCUGAGGUGUGUAUGUGACCUCUGAAUAGGUGGGUUGUGACAACCAAAGAUUUAAAAAAAAUGUAGUGAAUUUCUUACUUAUGUGGACUUGGAGGUUCUGGAGUACAAUCAGACCUACAGUUUAUACUAUUUGGCUUGGAAAUGUGUUUCUUCCUUUAUGUUUAAAUAUAUCUGAAAUUCAGAAGAUCCAUAAAAACACGAAUGAAAACAUCAAUUCAUUUGAGAAGGCAAGACUCGGAAGCAGAAGCUACAUAAACCUUUUCCUAUAAAUUGUUGUUUAUAUGGAUUGGCUAAGGAUAUAAAACCUAGACUUAACUAGUUCAAAUGACCUCAUAUCACAUAAGGAUAGUGUGAGAUAAUCAGAUGUUCUAGAAUAAAUGGCCUUCUCUUUUAGCACUCCCACCACUACAAAAUCCUCUUAUUUCAACAGAAGACCUAGCAGACUCUGAGCAAAAGGUCAGUAAGUUUAAGUACCUAAAACCCAAAAUUUGCUAUGUAUAUAUCUGAAUGUAGUAAAUUUACUUAUAAGUUGUUAGGCGUUGGCUCUGUACUAUGUAUAGGACAUUUUAAUCUGUGGAACAUUAAAAGAAAAGUUGAGUAUAUAUAUAUAUUCAAAAUUUUAAAAAAUGAUUUAGGAAAUUGCCUUCAUAUAAAUGAUGGCUAAAGAGAAAUAAGGGACAUACACUUUGAGGAAAAAGUCAGAGAAAUAGUAUUGGUAUCAAAUGAGUUACCUCUUGAUUUAUUAUGGUGGGGACUGCAUGCAUCUGACCUUAAGGAAUAGGUAGGAAAACUCAAUUUCUAUUCCUUCCUCUAUUUCCUGUAAAAUUGGUGACAUAAGAAAUUCUUAGCUUAUUUUGUAUUUCUCUGUCUUAAACAAUGAGCUCAGUAAAUCGUUUCAGAAAGUUAUAUCUAAUUUGAUACUUUUUCAUGAGGCAUUUUACUAUAAAAUACAGGCUUUCUGACUAUCCCAAAUAAAAUAGUAGAUAAAAUUUUCAUAAAAAGAACAAUGUCACCAUUGCUCUGUAACUGACUUUAUAAAUAACACUUCUCAGUUCAUUUAAAUAUUAUUAUUAUUUAUCCUUGUGUGGUAAAAUAGUCAAAAAUUUUCUCACAGUUUAGUUACAGUAAUUUUGGUUAUAUUCCAAAUAACCUUUAAUGAUAAACUUGACUGAUGUAUAUCCAAAGCUUUUCAUUUUCAAACAAAUUAAUAUAGAAGCAGUCCUAAGCAGAAAAACAGGUGUUAUACUCCUAAGGGUAUACCUUAUAUUAAUGGGAUAAGUUGUAAUGUUAUAAGAUUUGCCACUAAUUUUAUAUCAGCCCUGAAGUAACUUCACUGAAAUUUUCUGACUUAGUAGAAAAGUUGAAAAUCCUAUUCUCGGCUCUAUAGCAAGAAAAGUAAUAAACACAUGAAUUUCCUCAACAUUUUCAAGCCAGUUAAAGAUAUGUAAGAUACACACCAAUAUCUUCUCCAGGCUCUGACAGGCCUCCUGGAAACUUCCACAUAUUUUUCAACUGCAGAAUAAAAAUCAGAAAAUACAGUUAAUACGGCUUUUAUUCAUUAACACACAAACAUGGAGAUGCCACAAAAUCUACUCAAAAUUUGUCAAGUUGUUUGAGAAUUUAUUUUUUGGUAACUGCACCCCAAGUUUUUCCAGCUUCCUUCCUCUCACUCCUUUUUUGGAGAAAUUGGUGAUUUGUGAAGUCUUUUCCCACCUUUUUCUUCAGGAAUAUAAGUGGUUUUGUUUGGUUAAUGGGUUAAUGUGAUAAAUUCUGUAUGAAUAAAAACAGUAGGGAAAGGGGACAUCUACUGAAUUUGUAUAGUUUAAAAAAUCUUGCUGCUACUUUAUUAAAAAAAUAGAGGAAUCUUACUGAUGCUGCUAUAAGUAAAUAGAAAAUAUAGUAUAAUUUUAAUCACUAAAAUAUGCUAUUUUUAAUUUUCACUUAUUUUCUAUAUUGUGUGUCUAAUCAGAUAUAUUAACCUUAAGAUUUCUCUUGUUCUCUGUGUUAAAGAUCUUAUGUAAAAAUGUAAUUGCUUUUCAUGAGAAGUUGUGAAUAAAACUGAUACAGUUUUAA